CGGAAAUGCCAGGACAUCCCUUCCCUCCGUCACCUACUUUCUAGAUCCUACACGACCAGUACGUUUGGGAAUACCACGCAUCACGCAGACGCUAACUCGGCUUCUGGCUAGGUCAUCCUUGGGCCGUAAUCGGUCGCUCCCAGCUUCGCUACCCCUCGUGGACGCGUUGCGAUAGGAGCACCCAGAGGUACAACCGCAAGAUUGUUUGGAUCUCCAAACCGACUGCCGUUGAGAGACAAUAUAUUACCCAACUUCUCCAGGAAAGGAAAGGGACAUUACGUCCGAGUGUAGGCCUGGAAGUAACUGGACACAAGCGCCAAACAUUGCUUGCUCGGCAUAGUACGUCACCGGCGAAGGCAUUGAAUCUCUCCCACAAUGUCGGGUGCGAGAUCGGAAAGUGUUCACUCUCGGCCAACAAACUCAGCUUACGAUGGCUUUUUCAGCCUCCCUGUCGAACUUCGUCAUACUAUUUACAGGGAAGUGCUUGCUGUGCAACAUCCACUCUUCCUUUUCCAGGAUCCAGGUUGUCCGAUAGAGACUUUUACGCCAGAGAGACCUCACCAAUGGCUGGCAUUACUAUAUACCAAUCGAAAAGUCUCUAUGGAGGCGAGGGCCGUUCUCUAUGGUGCAAAUGAGUUUGUCCUCGAGGAUGUCUCCAAAUGCCAAGGCAGCCUCCUAGAUUCUUUCCUCACUUGUAUCGGGCCUGUGAAUGCAGGUUUUCUGUCGCGCCUACGCGUGAACUUUCCAGUCAUCGAGAGCAUAGACGAUAUAUCAGGUGACAUUGGACUCAGAGAAGAUGGCCUGCAGAGCUUGCGACUCCUCCAAGACAAGUGUACCAACCUGAAAAUACUGGAAACCCUCGUUUACGGCCAGGUUUCUCGUCUGAUCACCGAGAAAGAGAUCAGUAACCACUCCUUCCGGAGUGUACUUCUGAGCAUUAAUACACAAUUCAGAGCUAUCGCUUCUCUGAACAAAAUCAUUGUCAGGUUCUGCAGUGGGUCUCCAGCCUCUUCAACCACAGAAUUUAUGAAGCAACUAGGCUGGAUUGUGUUACUCGGUAAUAGAUAGGCUUGCCGUAGUGCAGUCACCGCGGGACAGCGGAUAUCUCCGCUCGGAAACAAAAAGUGAGAGGUCGAAUCUGGAAACGGCGCAAAUCACCCAGGUUCCAAUCAUAUGCUCGGCAACUGACCUUCCAUACAGACGCUGUUGGUCCGACUUGCAUUCAGCUGGCGCUCAAUUAGCUGUGGUAUUUGGGAUCAUGUACACUAAGGCUUUUGGAUAGACGACUCAUUGAUUAUUCUCCCAAAUUUGCGCGCUUUAUAUACAUAUCCUUUUCUUUCUACAUA